GCAUUUACUGAGGAGCACACCUUGCAGUUUUAUUUCACCGCACUCUCGACUCCUCUCCCUGGGCUGCCCGUGUAUUCAAUAGUUGGACAUGUCGAUGAUGUGUUGGCCCUGGACAAAGAAUCCAAAUAUCUCAUACUCAAGUGUCUAAGUGUCUACCAGCUGAAGUUUGCCUGUUACAUGGUUGACGAUGGUAGCAUGAGCGGUUAUCUGGAAUUUGGAUUUAACGGGAAAGAUUUUAUUGUGUUUGAUAAAGAGAGAUUAGUGUAUAUCCCAGCAACACAUGAAGCUGAGCUCAUUACACAGAAAUGGAACCAACAGAAGUUCUCAAGACAUCAAAACAGGGAUUUGAUCGAGAAGGAGUGCACCGCGUGGAUGAAGAAAUAUUUUCAUCAUGGCAAAUUUUAUUUUGAGAAAAAUGUUCCUCCACAGGUGAAGAUAACUGAGAAGGCAUCAGGUGGGGUCACGAAGCUCCUCUGCCACGUGUAUGGGUUUUACCCGCGAGACGUGGACGUGAAGUGGAUGAAAAAUGGGAUUGAUGAGGUUUACUCCGACGAGGCCAAACAGAUCCUCCCGAAUACUGACGGCACCUACCAGAUCAGAGCCAGUGUGGAGGUGACACCGAGGCAAGGGGACAGUUACUCCUGCUAUGUGGAUCACAGCAGCCUGGAGAAGGAACUCAUUGUACCCUGGGAAGCCAAGAGAAGCUCAUCUCUAUACAUUGUGAUUGCUGGGUUUGGUGUGCUGCUCUGGUGAGCAAAAUAAAGAAACAGAGGCUCAGAAAGCAAAUAAGGUGGCAGACAGAGGGUUAACACAGAAGACACAGCGGCAGGGUGAUGAGUGCCCGCAGAUAACCUCCUUCUGCCCCUUGUUUCACUCUUGUUUGAGGCGCUCUGAUUCCUGGUUGUGACCCCUGGCUUUUGUACUUUGCUGUUCCUGUCCUCUCCUAUCCCAACCUUUGGCUUGCUAUACAGACUUCGCUGCUCUCUCCCGCCCUGACCUUCGGACUGUUUCUAGAUUUUGCCUUAUCUACUAAACCUUCCCCCAUCUCCUGGAAGGUAGCCCCAGGGACUGAAAAAAUGGCUGCCUCUUAAACAGGGACACUUGGGAGGUGUGAGAUGACCAUGGCUGUUCAGUGGGGCACAUAACGGAAAGCUCAAUCUUUGUACAAAGUCAUACAAUUUUAUUUUAUUCUGUGAUUAUGGUGUGAUGAUUAUGAUUGUGUAUAUAUAUAUAUAUAUAUAUAUAUAUAUAAUAUUAGUAUUAUUUCAUGUAUAAAGUGGAUAUAGAGGCAAAAGGGCGAUUAUUGUUAACCUUGUUUGCAUAUGCCUACCAAUCUCUAGAUUGUAAGCUCUUUAAGCAGGGCCCUCCUCGCCUGCUCUUUCUGUAAGUCUAAUUGUUUUACUAUAUACUACUUCUUAUGUCCUGUUUAUCCGUUGUACAGCGUUACGGAAUAUGAUGGUGCUAUAUGAAGCAAUACUAAUAACAAAUAAAGAAGUGGCCGCUGCCUUUGUCAGAAAA